CAUAUACACAGCAGAAAGAGAAAAACCAGAAGGGACUGACCAUAGGGAGGGGAAUUGGCCGCAGCUGACCCUGAACCCAGCUUGGGGACAUCUGUGCUGUGGUGCCUGCCUAACAGUGAGCAACGGAGCUGAACAAUGACCCCCAGGGGCUAGUGUGCCCCCCUCUCACUUUCCCCCACAUCUGGAGUCCUGCCUCCUCCACAUGAAGAUCCAGAAGCUGCAGAAGAGCCAUCCGGUGACAGCCUCUGGCUGAACAUGGCCUUACCAGCCCUGGGCCUGGACCCUUGGAGCCUCCUGGGCCUUUUCCUCUUUCAACUGCUCCUGCUGCUGCUGCCAACAACAACUACAGGGGGUGGUGGGCAGGAGCCCAUGCCCAGGGUCAAAUACUAUGCAGGGGACGGACGCAGGGUUCUUAGCCUCUUCCACCAGAAGAGUCUCCAGGAUUUUGACACUCUGCUCUUGAGUGAUGAUGAAAGCACUCUCUAUGUGGGAGCCCGAGAGGCUAUUCUGGCCUUGAAUAUCCAGGAUCCAGGUGUGCCAAUGCUAAAGAACAUGAUACCCUGGCCAGCCAGUGACACAAAAAAGAGUGAAUGUGCCUUUAAGAAGAAGAGCAAUGAGACACAGUGUUUCAACUUUAUUCGUGUCUUGGUCUCUUUCAAUGCCACCCACCUCUACGCCUGCGGCACCUUUGCCUUCAGCCCUGCCUGUACCUUCAUUGAACUCCAAAAUUCCAACCUGUUGCCCAUCUUGCCGGACAAGGUUGUUGAGGGGAAAGGGCAAAGCCCCUUCGACCCUGCCCAUAAGCACACAGCUGUCUUGGUAGAUGGGAUGCUCUAUUCAGGCACCAUGAACAACUUCCUGGGCAGUGAGCCCAUCCUGAUCCGCACGCUGGGAUCCCAGCCUGUGCUCAAGACGGAGGUCCGUUGGCUGCAACAGGACGCCUCCUUUGUGGCAGCCAUCCCUUCUACUCAGGUCGUCUACUUCUUCUUUGCGGAGACAGCCAGCGAGUUUGAAUUCUUCCACAAGCUCCACACUUCUCGAGUGGCCAGAGUCUGCAAGAACGACGUGGGCGGUGAAAAGCUGCUGCAGAAGAAGUGGACCACCUUCCUGAAGGCCCACCUGCUUUGCGCCCAGCCCGGGCAGCUGCCCUUCAACGUCAUCCGCCAUGCCGUCCUGCUGCCGGCCAAUUUCUCCACCAAUCUCAACGUCUACGCAGUCUUCACCUCUCAGUGGCAAAUCGGUGGGACCAGGAGCUCAGCUGUCUGUGCCUUCUCUCUCAAGGACAUCAAGCGUGUCUUUGAGGGGAAGUACAAGGAGUUGAACAAAGAGACUUCACGAUGGACUACUCGUGGGGUUCCUGAUGAUAUCAGUCCUCGGCCAGGCAGUUGCUCCAUAGGCCCCUCCUCUGAUAAAGCCUUGACCUUCAUGAAGGACCAUUUCCUGAUGGAUGAAUCAGUGGUGGGAACACCCCUGCUGGUGAAAUCUGGUGUGGAGUACACACGACUUGCAGUGGAGACAGCCCAAGACCUUAAUGGGCACACCCAUCUGGUCAUGUACCUGGGUACCACCACAGGGUCCCUGCACAAGGCUGUGGUGAGUGGGGACAACAGAGCUUAUCUGGUAGAGGAGAUCCAGCUGUUCCCUGACCCUGAACCUGUUCGAAACCUGCAGCUGGCCCCGAUCCAGGGUGCACUGUUUGCAGGCUUCUCAGGAGGUAUCUUGAGGAUUCCCCGAGCCAACUGUAGUGUCUAUGAGAGCUGUAUGGACUGUGUCCUUGCCCGGGACCCACACUGUGCCUGGGACCCUGAGUCCGGGAUCUGCCGCCUCCUGCCCACCUCCUUCCCGAAGUCUUGGAGGCAGGACAUGGAGAAAGGGAACCCAGAGUGGGCCUGUGCCAAUGGCCCCAUAGCCAGGAGCCUCCGGCCUCGGAGCCGCCCCCAAAUCAUUAAAGAAGUUCUGGCUGUUCCCAACUCCAUCCUGGAGCUCCCCUGCCCCCACCUCUCAGCCCUGGCCUCUUACCACUGGAGUCAUGGGACAACAACUGUCCCAGGAGGCUCCUCCAUGGUCUACAAUGGCUCCCUCUUGCUGCUACUGCGCGAUGGGGUGGGGGGCCUCUACCAGUGCUGGGCCACUGAGAACGGCUUCUCAUACCCUGUGGUCUCCUACUGGGUGGACAGCCAGGACCAGCCCCUGGCCCUGGACCCUGAACUGGCAGGCAUUCCCCGGGAGCGUGUGGAGACCCCGCUGACCAGGGUUGGCGGUGGGGCUGCCCUGCCUGCCCAGCGGUCCUAUUGGCCCCACUUUCUCAUCGUCACUGUACUGUUUUCCUUAGUGCUUUCAGGAACCCUCAUCUUCCUCCUCCUUUCCCCACUGGGGGCACUCCGAGCCCGGGGCAAGGUCCAGGGCUGUGGGACCCUGACCCCUGGGGAGAAGGCCCCAUUGAGCAGGGAGCAGCACCUCCAACUUCCCAAGGAACACAGGACCUCUGCCAGUGAUGUGGACGCCGACAACAACCACCUGGGCACCGAGGUGGCUUAAACUCUGGGCACAGACUGAGGAUGUGGGGUAGGGCGUGGCACCUGGCCAUGCUGACCGGGAGCCUGACUGGUGCAGACCUGACCAGGGAGGGAGUAAUAUGAAAAAUCACCUUCCUCCCGCAAGAGUAGCUUCUCUGCCACUCUGUGCCACCAGUAGCAUUCAGUGGUGACUCCCCUGUGGGAUUCCCUUCUACUAAGCACAUGGGCUCUCAAACGGUGGCCACCCCACCUGGACUGAGGCUGAUAGGAGAACCUUGAGAAGAUCCUUCAGUUCUGGCUAUUCCGGGACCCUCCAGAAACAUACCGCUCCAGGAGACCCUAAAACAUCUGACUGUUUUAGAAUCCUAUGGUAAUAAACACCAAACAUCUAAACAACCAGAAGGUAGCACACUGCUCCUGGAAACUCCACUCUGAUAACAGCUGUCACCUGGGACAUCAGGACUCCCCUCUCCCAGGGAUCUUUAGGGUUCUGCACGGAGCUGCUCUCCUUUAUCGACUGUGCGCCACUGACUCCCAGGAAGUCUUGAAGGCUGACCACUUUCCUUCUUGCUUCAGUUGGAGGAGGUUGUGAUCUCUCACGGCCUGACGAGAAUGACAGGGGUAAUCUGAGCCUUGUUCAUGCCUUUACCCUGGCUGACCCUUUGACCUCUGUCCUUUCCCCUUUCCUUUGCUUUACAAUUCACAAAACUGCUUGUCACAAUUUAUUUUUUAUUAAAAAGACAAAGCCUAU